AUGGCUUCAGCAUCUCGCCCGCGGUGGGGAAUUCUGGGAGCUGGUGGAAUCUGCAAUGACUUUGCCGUAGGCAUCGUCAUGGCCGGGGGAUCCAUCUCGGCGGUUGGUGCCAGCUCGGUAGCCAAGGCCGAGGUGCUGGCGGCAAAAGUCAAGGCAGGGCAAGCGCACGGAUCCUACGAAGCGCUUGUGGCCGAUCCCACUGUGGACGUGGUGUAUAUCGGUACAAUCCAUACCAUGCACCGACCUCAUGCGCUCAUGGCACUGGCUGCUGGAAAGCACGUGGUUUGUGAGAAGCCACUCGCUGUGAACGAGGCCGAGGCAAAGGAGAUUAUUGACACUGCCCGAGCUAAAGGGCUGUUUCUCAUGGAGGCCAUGUGGACCCGGUUCUUCCCCCUGACACGAAAGGUGCGAGAGAUCGUGGCAGGCGGUAGCCUGGGGAAGCCAAGAUGCUUGCAGGCAGACUUCGGAUUUGUGGGCCCAUCAGACGCCAAGCACCGGCUGUGGGACCCAAACCAGGCGGGGGGUGGCAUGCUAGACAUCGGCAUCUACCUCGUGCAGCUCGCGACGAUGAUCUUUGGGAUGGCCACGGCUGAUGUGAAGGGCACCGCCGUCUUGACCGAGCAGGGAGUGGACGCUGAGGGUUCCCUGUCAAUCUGUUGGAAGGACUCAGGUACUGCCAGCUUGAUGUAUACUCUUCGGGCCGUAACGCCAGAAAGGGCUUGCAUCAUGUUUGACGGCGGGUACCUCACGAUUGAGGGCCCGGCUCACACCCCAACGUCCGUGACAGUCUCGAGGUCAGACGGAGCUCGAGGGAAAGUUGAGCCUGAGACAUACACCGUUCCCUUGCCCUCGCUACCAAACGGGCUGACGGUCAACUACCCAUCCUCGGAAGGAAUGGUUUAUGAAGUUGAAGCUGUAGAGGCCUGUCUGAAGGCAGGACAGCUGGAAUGUCAGGAAUACCCCUUGGACGAGAGCCUUACAGUGCUCCGGAUCAUGGAUGCUUUUCGCCAACAAGUGGGAGUUUCCUAUCCGGGCGAGCAGGCGUCAUGUACAGUUUCAUGA